AUGAAGCAGUGCUUUAGUACCAAUCGUAGCAGCAGAGAGAAACACGAUUCCACGCAAUGUUCGGUCAGUGGAGACGGCUUAUCCUUAGCAAUGGUUGGAGAACCAGCAAAGUUCAUUUUACGAACUACGGGUCCGGACCUGCUUUAUUUAGAGCUUCAAAUUACCCGAAUCGUGAAUAAUGGUAGUGAAACUUCUACUCACUUCUCAGAGCCAAUACCUGUCGAAUACGAAUGUUUAGGAGAAAAUAUUCACAGCGUGUGCUAUUACCCAAAAGAAGUAGGAGAAUACCACGUGGCUGUCACAUGGAAGGGAAAUCACGUGACGGGAAGUCCAUUUGCUGUCAAGGUCGAUAAAAAAGUGACUUUCCCGGAAAAGGAUGACGUAAAAACAGAAGAACAAGAUAACAAGGAUGAAGUGUGGAAAUUGAGAGACGACAUCGGGUCGUCAAGACGACAAAGAGAUAAUAGAGUUUAAGAUGUGUGGUACGGGUUUAAAUGAACUGGUUUACCGAUGUAAGGAAAAACUAAUCCUUACUUUAGAACUGGUUUAGAGAACGAAAACAGUAAACAUGUCAUAGCUUUGAAUAAUAGGAAAGAAAACGAAAAGAAUCAGUAUAAAAAGUGUUGUUUUCAGCUGCAGCCAGAUUACGGGACCUGACUUGCUUGCUCCGGCUAAGCAGGCAGGUUUAUCGUUUGGUUCACAGCAAGAUAACUCAUGAGAAUAAAUACAAUAAAAUAGACUAUUAAAUCAUCGAUGUUCAUGCAGUGAUGAAUAAGGUUACUUAUCUGGAUCUGAUCUCCUUAUUUUGAGAGACC